GGUAAAGAUAGUGGAGUCAAAAGAUUGGCCUUAAAGCAACCCGAGGGGAUGAGCAACGAAGAGAUGGGUCCUGGGAAUUAAAGGAUGGAAUGGGGAGUGGGGGAAGAGAAAGGAGAUUAAGGGAAGCUAGGGAAGUCCUGGUGGGUAUAGAACUGGGGUGGGCUGCACAGGAGUGGGAAACGAAUGUUUUGCCCUGAGGUGCCCCAGAAGGUCUGGAAGGGGCAGGGCACAAACGCUGUUGUGAAGGAUCUGAAGUAGAGAGCCUUUGGUGCAGAAGAUAAGGAACCAUGGUAACAGAGAAGAGGAAACCCAGCAAGUGAUUAUGUAAGAAUAUGGAAGACCAUGGGAGCAGCUUGUUUAAUGGAUUAAGACAGUGGCGACUGCGCUAAAACAUGGAUAGAUGCAAACAUGUAGGGCGGUUACGGCUCGCCCAGGACCACUCCAUCCUGAACCCCCAGAAGUGGUGCUGUCUGGAGUGCGCCACCACCGAGUCUGCGUGGGCCUGCCUCAAGUGCUCCCACGUGGCCUGCGGCCGCUACAUUGAAGACCAUGCACUAAAACACUUUGAAGAGACAGGACACCCGCUGGCCAUGGAGGUCCGGGAUCUCUACGUGUUCUGCUACCUGUGCAAGGACUACGUGCUCAAUGACAACCCGGAGGGGGACCUGAAGUUGCUGAGAAGCUCCCUCCUGGCAGUUCGAGGCCAGAAGCAGGACCUGCUCGCGAGGCGUGGGCGGACGCUGCGGUCCACCGCUGCAGGCGAGGACGUGGUCCCGCCACAGCGCACUCCUCAGGGACAGCCGCAGAUGCUCACGGCUCUGUGGUACCGGCGCCAGCGCCUGCUGGCCAAGACGCUGCGGCUCUGGUUCGAGAAGAGCUCCCGCGGCCGGGCGCAGCUGGAGCAGCGGCGGCAGGAGGAGGCGCUGGAGCGCAAGAAGGAGGUGGCGCGGCAGCGGCGGCGCGAGGUCAAGCGGCGGCUGCUGGAGGAGCUGGCCAGUGCGCCGCCGCGGAAGAGUGCGCGCCUGCUCCUGCACGCUCCCGGGCCCGUGGCCGUGCGCCCUGCCACCCUCGCUACCUCCCGGCGCAUGUCUGCGGCUGCCCUCAAUCCGCGCCGCCAGCCGGCGGUGGCCCCAGGUGUCACCGGCCUGCGCAACCUGGGGAACACCUGCUACAUGAACUCCAUCCUCCAAGUGCUCAGCCACCUCCAGAAGUUCCGGGAAUGUUUCCUGAACCUCGACCCUUCCACCUCCGAGCACCUGUUUCCCCAAGCAACCAACGGGAAGGCGCAGCUCUCUGGUAGGCCAGCCAGCAGCUCUGCCGCAGAGUUGUCCGUAAGAAGUGUCCGGGCCCAGGGCUGCGAACCUCAGGGCCUCUGCUGGAGCAGCGGUGCCUCCAUCAGCAGGAGCCUGGAGCUCAUUCAGAACAAGGAACCCAGCUCAAAGCACAUUUCCCUCUGCCACGAACUGCACACCCUCUUCCGAGUCAUGUGGUCUGGGAAGUGGGCGCUGGUAUCACCCUUUGCCAUGCUUCACUCCGUGUGGAGCCUGAUUCCCGCCUUCCGUGGCUACGAUCAGCAGGAUGCCCAGGAAUUUCUCUGCGAACUGCUGCACAAGGUGCAGCAGGAACUUGAGUCUGAGGGUUCCACACGUAGGAUCCUCAUCCCCUUCUCCCAGAGGAAGCUCACCAAACAGGUCUUAAAGGUGGUGAACACCAUAUUUCAUGGGCAGCUGCUCAGUCAGGUCACAUGUAUAUCAUGCAAUUAUAAAUCCAAUACCAUUGAGCCCUUUUGGGAUCUGUCCCUGGAAUUCCCUGAACGAUACCACUGCAUAGAAAAGGGGUUUGUCCCUUUGACUCAGACAGAGUGCCUGCUCACUGAGAUGCUAGCCAAGUUCACCGAGACAGAGGCCCUGGAGGGGAGAAUCUACGCUUGUGACCAGUGUAACAGCAAACGACGAAAGUCCAACCCUAAACCCCUUGUUCUGAGUGAAGCUAGGAAGCAGUUAAUGAUCUACAGACUACCUCAGGUCCUCCGGCUACACCUUAAAAGAUUCAGGUGGUCUGGCCGUAACCAUCGUGAGAAGAUUGGGGUCCAUGUCAUCUUUGACCAGGUAUUAACCAUGGAACCUUACUGCUGCAGGGACACGCUCUCCUCUCUUGACAAAGAGACCUUUGCCUAUGAUCUCUCCGCAGUGGUCAUGCAUCACGGGAAAGGGUUUGGCUCAGGACACUACACAGCCUAUUGCUACAACACAGAGGGAGGUUUUUGGGUCCACUGCAAUGACUCAAAGCUGGAUGUAUGCAGUGUCGAGGAAGUGUGCAAAACCCAGGCCUACAUUCUUUUUUACACUCGAAGAACAGUUCAGGGCAGCGCAAAACUCUCAGAACCCCAUCUCCGAGCUCAGGUGCACUCCAGCAGCAAAGACGAACGCAGAACAUACACAUUGUCCUGACUGGGAGGCGAGCAUCAAAAUGGCCUCCAGGUCUCCUCUUGGGCUUGCCAGUAACAGAUCCCUGGGUUUGCCUCACUCGGUC